AUGUCGUCACCAGCAGUCCAGCUUUCCUUCACCCUCCGUACCUCCCCCAAUGUCCGGACCGUCCAUCUCCUUGGUUCAUGGGACAACUACAAGUCUCAACUUCCACUGUCCUCGGUCAAAGAUGGCGCGGCCAAGCCCGGAUCCUGGAAGGGGACAUUCCGAUUCCAAGGGUCCAACGCUCUCAAGCUCGGCUCGCGGUACUGGUACUAUUACAUAGUCGACGGCUACCACGUCUCUCACGACCCAGCCAAGGAGUUUGUGACCGAGAAGACGACAGGUCGCAAACUCAAUGUCAUCGACGUCCCAUCCGGAAAGCCCGGUGCCCAGGCACAACGGCCCGCUACGAACACCACGAGCUAUGGUCAUAGCCAGGCCGGCAACCGCCACAGUCGCGAUAUCCCUCAAGGCCGGGCCCUGAGUCCAGGCAAGAUCCAACACCCGAAGCCAGGCAAACCAUAUGCGUCCCGGCAACUGUGCGAAGCAGACUACGAUCGCUCGCCGAUCGACGACCUGGAAGAGCGCUUCGCCGGCUACCGCAUCAGCAGUGACAAGUCCGCCUCGCCGUCCGAACUAUCCGACGACAGCACGUCCAGCGGCACAGCCUUCUCGCGCUCGUCGCCGUCGUCCAUGUCCAGUGUCAGCGACCGCAGCUGUCGCUGUGAACGGUAUGGCGUGACCCGGUCCGGGCAACGCGUCAAACUCGACUGCGGCGGUAAACGAUGUGGAGGCUGGAGUUCCAGCUCUUCCGAGUGCGAAUCGUCCCAUGGCAGCGAUGAAGACUCGAGCGAAGAUGAGCGUGCCUAUCAGGCGCGCAUGCGCAAGGAGGCUGCAACGAGAGCCCUGGCGUCCAAGGCCCACCACUCCGGAGGAGAUGAGCGUAGGAGAACGGUGGUUGUAGAGAAGAGGCGGAGAUAG